CUUGCACUAGAAAAGUAUCUACAAUGACAAUUUCUUUCCCGCCAUUUUAAAUGUCAAAAAUUUCCAAAUCAAAACAAAACCAAAAUGGAAUUAUCCAAUGUUACAACGUUCCUUCAAGAUUUGGAAGAAAUUCAAGAAUUAAUGAAAUGCCAAGCUUGCAACAAUCCCGACAAAACUUUAGGCAGAAUAAAAAUUUGCGGACAUUACUCUUGUAAAACUUGUUUAAAGAAAUCUGACACGAGUUGUCCGAAAUGUAAGAUAUUUUGCACGAACGCCGAUAUCGCCUGGAAAAACAUUUUUACAGAAUCGGAAAGUAUAAUUUUGAACUUGAAGGAUUUAUUAUUACAAGCAGUGAAACGGGCUGAACCGAAAAAAAAUGGCAAUACUUUUGAAUACUUAAACAAAACUUAUCAAAUCAAUUUCAUUGAUGAUCAAAGAGUGAACACCAAAGGUGAGACACCUCUGCAUGUUGCGUGUAAACGGAAGAAUGUUAAAGAUGUGAAGAAUUUAAUAAAGAAACAAUCUGAUCUCAAUGCGCAAGAUUUUGCUGGAUGGGUGCCUUUGCAUGAAGCUAUAGAAAGCGGUAGUAAAGAAAUUGUGGAAAUUUUGCUUGCACAUGGAGCUUUAGUAGACGUACCAGGCGAAGAGUAUACAACUCCUUUACAUAAAGCUGUUAUUACUCACAAUGCAGAUAUAGUUGAUUCGUUAUUGAAAAGUGGGGCCAAUAAAAACGCUGUUGAUUUUCUUGGACGAAAACCUGUCGAUUAUAUAAACAAAGAUGACCCAGUCGAACGUUUGUUUAAUAUAGAAUACAUCACAGACCGAAUUGAGCAUUUAUUCUGUAGUAAAAAAAUCAUAGCAUUCUGUUACUACACAGAAUUGAUUUAUAUGAAGAAACUAAAACAGAAUAAAAUAAAAAUCGAAGAAAACUACAAUCCAAAGAAAAUUACCCACUUUAUAAUGAGAAAAAACCACAAAAUAUCCGUUAGUAUCUUAAAAGCAAUGUUAGACGGUUGUUCGAUAAGGCCACAAGAAUGGAUUGACGAUUAUUUAAAAGGUAAUUACUUUAUAGACAUUCCUACGUACAAUUUCAUAAGUUUGACGUCAUUAAAUAACGGUAUUCGCAAAGCUACAUUGAAUAAAUUGUUACGAUUACCGAAAUUAUUCGAUGGAAUGAAUUUCUUCAUAACAGGUCACACUACUGCUGCCAUUAUUUACGGAAUGAAAGUCUCCAAAGACUCUUUAGUUGCUAUAAUAACCAGCGGGGGUGGUAAAGUGUUACAUCGAGCACCUACCACGUCUAUUUGUGAAGAAAAAGUGAAUUUUCCAUAUCACGCAAGUAAAAGCAACGCUAAGUGUUGUAAUUAUAUAAUUUUUCAAGAAGAAAGGCCUCCGGUGUUGAUGUACCAAAUGCCCGAGUUAAAGCACCGGUCAUCUAAGUGGCUCAUUGAUUGCGCAGUUAAUUUUACUAUUUGCGAUUAGUAAUAAUAUUAGUAUUAUACUGCUAGUUUUGUUUUUAAUACACUUAUUUUUUUAUUAA